GGUACAAUCUAUGGAAAAAGGUGGAAUUAUUUCUACAAUAAUGCAAAAACUAAAUUUAUAGUUUGUAUCUUAUCUCUUUCAAACAAUGUAUUACAAGAUCUAUAGUGUUAUUUAAGAUUUCGGUUCACCCUUGGAACCCUCGAGUUUUUAAAUUUAAUUUAGAAGAUUCACAGUUUUCGGUGGAUUACAAUCUAUAUUAUUAUUAUUAUUAUUAUUGUUAUUCUGUGAAAUGGAUCAUUUAAGUGUAUGAUCCAAAAAAAAUGGUAAAUAUGGGAGUUAACUUUUACAUCUGACAAUAAAACACUCGAAUGAAGCAAUUUUCAAAAGAAUUUCAGCAAAAUCAACUUAUUUUGGUUUAUUAUCUGCCUAAGUAAAGAUCUUUUAGAGACACCCUAUAUAUUAUAUAUAAAUAUAAAAUUAUUUUGUAAUUAUAAUUAUAUGCGCAUUAUAAUAUAAUUUUUUAUUCUAAAUAAAAAUGUAUGAAUCUGGUAAAAAGAUAUUUGUUUUUCAUACUAUAUUUGUGAAGAACUAUUAAUAAUAUUCAUAUUAUAUUUAAAUAACAUUAUUAAACAUUCACGUGACUCACGCCACCUACAUAUAUCUAUAUAAAAUAAGUGUAUUGAUAAUUUUGCCAGUAUUAAAUAUAAAUAUAAAUUGCCUUGAAUUAUAAGUGUAAUAGUAAUUGAGAAAUUAUGCUACUAACAACGAGUAUAAUUUGUGACGUUGUGGCGAUUUUUGCUACGGCAAUAUGUGGAUUUCUAAUUUACGCCUAUUGGAAAUUGGGCUAUUGGUCCAGAAAAGGACUUUACGACAACGACCCAGUUCUCUUCUAUGGAAACGCUAAAAAAUUGUUAAGUAGACAACAAAGUUUGGGCGAAAUGUGGAGAGACAUUUAUAAUAACAUUAAAGCUAAGGGACUGAAGCACGGUGGUGGUUCCAUGAUGUUUGGUCAAACUUACGUACCAGUUGAUUUGGAUAUAAUAAAGCAUAUUAUGCAAGAAGACUUUCAACAUUUUAACAGUCAUGGGGUUUAUUUUAAUGAGAAGGAUGAUCCCUUAAGUGCCCAUUUAUUUGCAUUGUCAGGUCCAAAAUGGAGAAAUAUGAGAGUAAAAUUGACUCCCACUUUUACUUCUGGGAAAUUGAAGAUGAUGUUCAGCAGACUUGUGGAAUGUGGUGAAUGUUUAAAGGAAAAAAUGGAGGAGUUCUCGAAUUCAGGACAAUAUUUGGAUAUAAAGGACAUAUUGCAAAGCUUCACUAUUGAUAAUAUAGCAUCUUGUGCAUUCGGAUUGGAAUGUGACACAAUGAAAAAUCCAAACAACGAGUUUGCCACUAGAGGAAAGAAUAUCUUUAAACCAGGAUUAAAAUUAAUGUUAAGAACAUUAGUUUCAUUCAUAUUUCCUCAUGAUUUUUUACGUAAAAUUAAAUUACGACGAACUGAUUACGAUACUGAACAAUUUUUUAUAAACGUGUUACAAAAAAUAGUUGAACACAGAGAGAAGAACAAAGAAUACAGAAAUGAUUUCAUGCACCUUAUGCUUCAACUGAAAAAUAUAGGGAAAGUAACGGACGAUGAAAGACUAACGAAUGACGGAAAAUCGGCAGAAGGUGCGAUAACAUUUAAUCAACUUGCUGCACAAGCUUUUGUGUUUUUUGUGGCGGGAUUCGAAACUUCAUCAACAACAAUGACGUAUGCUUUGUAUGAAAUUGCUACGAAUAUGGGGCUACAAGAUAAAAUGCGAGAAGAAAUAAGGAAUGUACUAGAGAGGUAUGAUGGAAAAUUGACUUACGAAGCUAUUAAAGACAUGCAUUUGAUGGAUAGAGUUCUUCAAGAGACACUAAGGAAAUAUCCUGUUAUUCCGAUGAUACCGAGGGAAUGCACCAAAGACUAUCAAGUUCCAGGCACAGGUGUAACAAUUGAGAAAGGCACAAGUGUUGCGAUAUCGACACUGGGUAUUCAUCACGAUGCUGAAAUUUAUCCUGACCCUAUGAAAUUUGACCCAGACCGAUUUUUGGAAGAGAACAAACGUUCCCGUCAUCCUUUCUCUUGGUUGCCAUUUGGAGAAGGACCACGAGCAUGCAUAGGACUUAGAUUUGGAUUACUUCAAAUAAAGGUUGGGUUGGCUUCAAUCUUGGAAAAGUAUGACAUUACUCUAAGUGAGAAAACUGAAAUUCCUUUAAAAUUUAAUCCAUCUAGUGGACCUAUUUUGUCUGUAAAAGGUGUUAUUUGGCUAAAAAUUAAACAACAUAAAGAUUAGAUAUUAUUUCAUAGUGAGUAUUUACACUUCUGAUAGUUUUAUAAUAAAUAAGU